AUGGAUAAAAUCACUGACAUUCAGCUUAAAUUCGAUACAGCACCGUUUCCUGCGAUUACUUUGUGCAAUCUCAAUCCAUAUAAGGACAGCACAAUACGUGACGAGGAGAGCGUCAAAAAAAUUCUGGAAGUGUUCGCGAAAAUAAUGAAAAAAGCAGGAACCAGUGGCGAUUCGCUCCAAGAGCUGGAGGAGGUCGUCGAAACGGCCAGGACAGUUCUUCCUCUUGACGGUUCAAGGAAAAGAAGAGACAAGGAGAGCAAAGGAUCUUUCGAACCGGUACCCACUGAAUCAGACGGCAUGUGCAUCUGCGCGUUCGACAGACUGACUCAAGAUGCGUGGCCAUGCCACCCUAAGGCAUAUUGGCAAGAACACCACGUGCCAAUGUUCUGCGGGACGAUCGACAUGUUCUGUCAGAAGUACUCGAAGAACGGUGAACGACAGAAUGAGCCGUGCUCUGCGGAAAUGGCGAGGCAUUCUGCAUGA